AUGAUCGACAGCGGAGCCCAAGGAAACUUCAUAUCACCAAGAACGAAAAGAAAAGCAGCCGAAGACUGCUACGAACUCAGCACCGUUGAAGGAGAACAAGUCCAGUACGGCGGAGGACGCAUUGCUAUAGAGACAGCGCAACUCCCUUUGCAGAUCCAUGGCCGGAAUGAGCGACUAAACUUCGAUAUUACGGAGAUAGGAGACAAGUACGAUGUCAUCCUUGGAAGACCAUGGUUAUACGACAUCACUAAGAAGCAACCACGGAACGGUGCCUCAAACGAACCUCUCAAGACUCCUGAAGCGAAGAGAUUUCUAGCAUACCUACGGAUCAAGGAUGCAAACGCCAGGACGUUAUCAGCAACAGACAUCGGCAAGGAAGACCGACUUCUGUCUAUCCCAGAAGAAUACCGGCAAUACCAGAAGCUAUUCGCCGAAGAACUCGAGACCGGACUCCCGGAACACAGCAACUACGACCACGAGAUACCCCUUAAGGAAGGGAAGGAGCCAAAGCUAGAAGCAAUCUACGGACUCAACCAGAAAGAAAUGGAAGCACUCGACGCUUACCUCGAAGAAAAUCUACAGAAGGGAUACAUCAGACCCUCCACAUCACCAGCAGGAUACCCAAUCCUGUUCUGGUUUACAGCACUCGACCUAAAAGGAGCCUAUAACCUGAUCCGGAUGAAAUCAGGUGAAGAAUGGAAGACAGCGUUUCGAACACGCCGAGGACAUUACGAGUACCUUGUGAUGCCCUUCGGACUUACCAACGCACCCGCGACAUUCCAGACGAUGAUCAACCACGUCUUACGAGAAUACCUCGAUAUGUUCGUCGUAGUUUAUCUCGACGACAUCCUAAUCUUCUCCAAGACUCUAGAAGACCACAAAAAGCACGUACAUCAAGUGCUACGGAAACUACAAGACGCCAAACUCCUAGUAGAACCAGAAAAAAGCAAAUUCCACACCCAAGAAGUCGAAUUCCUAGGCUUUACGAUAGCCCCUGGAAUCCUCAAGAUGUCUAAAGACAAAGUCGCAGCAGAAAAGGAACAAGACCAAGCUUUUAACGAGAUCAAACGACAAGUCACAUCGGAACCAAUACUUAUUAUACCAAACCCCGAGAAACCAUUCGAAGUCGAGACCGACUCCUCAGACUACGCUAUAGGAGGACAACUAGGCCAACGAGACGACGAAGGACGACUACACCCUUGCGCCUUCUUCUCACGCAAGUUACACGGCCCAGAACUCAACUACCAGAUACACGACAAGGAACUUAUAGCAAUUAUCGAGGCAUUCAAAGAAUGGAGACCGCAACUCUCAGGGACCAAGUACGAGGUCAAAGUAUACACCGACCACAAGAACCUCGCACACUUCACCACAUCGAAAGAUCUUAACAAACGACAAAUUCGAUGGUCCGAAUUCUUGUCAGAAUUCAAUUUCAGAAUCAUCUACCGGAAGGGCAAGGAGAACGGCAGGGCCGACGCCCUCAGCCGACGACCGGACCACGAGGUCCAGGUACCUAAGGAAACCCGAGUUAUCCUCAAAACAGACAAAAACGGAGACCUUAUGCCAGCAGCCAGACUCUUAAUGAUGGCCAGAAGAGACAGUACCAGCACGCCUGGAAGGAUGUCUCCUGAAGCCAUUAGGGAGAUACACUCCGCACCCGCACACGGUCACCAAGGCGUAACUAAGACAUGGAAACGCAUCCGCCAACACUACGACAAAACGGCUACACGACAAGAAGUAUCUUUAGCGAUUAAGGACUGUAAGGAAUCUAUCUCGCUAGACUUCGUCACCAAACUACCCAAGUCCCGAGAACCAAUAACCAACGUCUACUACGACAGUGUCCUCGUCAUCGUCGACAGACUCACGAAGUAUUCGUACUUCAUCCCGUACAUGGAGUCUAGCACUGCAGAAGACCUCGCCUACAAGUUUCUACAGGUGAUCGUAAGCCAACACGGAAUGCCGAAGGAAAUCGUAUCCGACAGAGACAAGCUGUUCACUUCCAAGUUUUGGAGAUCCCUGAUCUCGCAGCUAGGAUCCGACCACAAGAUGUCCACCGCUUUCCAUCCGCAAACCGAUGGCCAGACAGAACGAAUCAAUCAGAUCAUGGAAACCUACCUACGCUGCUACUUCGCCUACAACAGCGCAGUAGGAGAAAGUACAAAAGAAUCACCAUUCUAUCUGAACUAUGGAUUCAACCCAACAGCCUACGGACAACCUCGACAAGGCCCAGCAGCUCUGAAAGCUGUGGCAGACAUCAACAGACUUAAGGAGAUCCAGCAGGAACUCCCCAGAGACCUCGAAUUUGUGCGCGAACGCAUACGCAAAUACGCCAACAAAUCAAGAGUUGAGGGACCAACUCUAAAGGAGGGGGAUAGUGUAUACCUUCUCCGCCGCAACAUCAAAACAAAACGACCAAGCGAUAAGUUAGACUUCAAGAAACUUGGACCCUUUGAAAUUACGAAGAAGGUAUCCAACGUCAACUUUAAACUCGCACUACCCGACAGCAUGAAGUGUCAUCCAGUCUUUCACAUUUCACUUCUCGAAUCAGCACCAAAGGGAUCGUACACUACGGACUAUAUCGAAGUAGAUCCCGAACAAGAAUACGAAGUCGAACGGAUAAUCGAUCACAUCGAAGAACAAAAAAGUAUCCGCUACCUUGUCAAGUGGAAAGGAUACGGACACGAAGACAACACAUGGGAACCACCUCAGAGCCUCGAAAACGCACAGGAAGAACUCGGACGUUACUGGAGACAGCAAGAACAAGAACAACAAAGACAAGCACUAGUACGAAUCGAGAAACAAACGCCAAAAAAUCAAUUUCGACUACGACAACCACAACCCAUCAUCCGUCCACCACGAUCAAACAAGCCACGGGAUAAACACCCUCUCAUUCGUUUAGGAACCCCAGAGCCACCUAAAGGAACCCACUAA